ACAGACUUGGUGACCUUCGUCUCCUCACCAUGGAGACCUCAGCGGUCAAACAGCAGCAGCAGCCCGCAGCGGCCAAGAUCAGGAACCUGCCCUGGGUUGAAAAAUACCGGCCACAGACACUGAAUGAUCUCAUUUCUCAUCAGGACAUUCUGAGUACCAUUCAGAAAUUUAUUAGUGAGGACCGACUGCCACACCUGCUUCUCUAUGGCCCUCCAGGGACAGGAAAGACAUCUACCAUCCUAGCCUGUGCUAAACAGCUGUACAAAGAUAAAGAAUUUGGCUCCAUGGUCUUAGAGCUGAAUGCUUCAGACGACCGAGGAAUAGAUAUCGUUCGGGGACCAAUCCUGAGCUUUGCUAGCACAAGGACAAUAUUUAAGAAAGGCUUUAAACUAGUGAUCUUGGAUGAAGCUGAUGCCAUGACCCAAGAUGCCCAGAACGCCUUGAGAAGAGUAAUUGAGAAAUUCACUGAAAAUACCAGAUUUUGCCUCAUCUGUAACUAUCUGUCCAAGAUCAUCCCCGCCUUGCAGUCCCGGUGUACGAGGUUCCGAUUUGGUCCACUGACGCCUGAACUCAUGGUUCCCCGGCUGGAACAUGUCGUAGAGGAAGAGAAAGUAGAUAUAAGUGAAGAUGGAAUGAAAGCACUUGUAACUCUUUCCAGUGGAGAUAUGCGAAGGGCUCUGAACAUUCUGCAGAGCACCAAUAUGGCCUUUGGAAAGGUGACAGAGGAGACUGUCUACACCUGCACAGGGCACCCGCUCAAGUCAGACAUCGCCAACAUUCUGGACUGGAUGUUGAAUCAAGACUUCACUACAGCCUACAGGAAUAUUAUGGAGUUGAAAACUCUGAAGGGGUUGGCAUUGCACGACAUCCUGACGGAGGUCCACCUGUUUGUGCACAGAGUUGACUUUCCAUCUUCAGUUCGAAUACAUUUAUUGACCAAAAUGGCAGACAUUGAGUACAGACUUUCUGUCGGCACCAGUGAGAAGAUUCAGCUGAGUUCUCUCAUUGCUGCUUUUCAAGUCACCAGAGACCUGAUUGUCGCAGAGGCCUAGACACACCAAGGCCCAUUCACUGCAAUUCUCAGGGCCCAGCUGUGACCGAAGAAUAGAGGAUUCAGUCUUGGGAUGAACUGCUACCUGGGGCCGUGGGAUGAAGCCACAGUCACCCCAAGUCUUAAAAAACCCUGUUCCAGGCAUGGGUGGGCAGAUGUUUAAAAAGCACCGUGUUUUAGUGGCUAUUUUGGAGCAGGAACGUACACAAUUUUAAUGUAUAACUAUCUUAUUGCACUUCUGUCUUUUAUAGGAAAAAACAUAACCUUUUUUCCUGCUUUAAGGCUUUUACCCUUCAGUUGCUUAGAUGACAGGAAACUGGCCUACUCCAUUUUGGUCUGGGAUAUAAGGCUUUCAAAUCUAACACAGUCCAAGUGUCUUCAAACUCAAGGUAAACAACAUCUCCAAAAUUAAGUUUAUGAAUUUAAUCUUUGGCACUGUCUCUGUAUCUACUUUAAAUAGGUGUAAAUGGAUUUCUGGCCAAAACUAUUACACUCUUAUAAAACAGACUGCAUUCUUACUUUAAAAACUGGUUUUUUUAUUUCCCUUCUUGAAGUAGAAGAGUUACCAGGAGGUUCUAAAUUAUGUAGACAGUAGGAAAGAUAUUUAUUUUAAAUAUAAUGUAGAGCUAACCUUUAAAUUAAUGCCAUUGGGGGACAAAGGUUGUAUAAAACUCACUUGUUUAAUGUAGGGAAGAAAGGUGAGAUUAAAUUUGACUAAACCUAGAACUGUGUAAAGGAUUGGGACUUUUGUACAAAUUUAGCAGUUUAUUUUACAGCAAUUAUGCUGCAUUUAUGUUAGUGUUCUUCACAAUAAAA